AGAGCUGGUAACGAGAUAAAGUUAAAGUGAAAUUAAUGAAAGUCAAAAAAGCAUCCGUCAAAAGUAUUCUCGAUUUAUCUUCAAAUAUUUUCGGUUACACCAUGCAUAGUCCUGGAAAAAGCACCCUUCUAGUGUUUACGGUACUGAUUUGCUCAGGUAUGUGUGAUGUGGAAGUCGAAGACAAAUCUGUACCAGUUGAGGAAUGGAUCGACCCUGACAAUAUGGUCUUGGAACCCCUCGUUCAGAAAAGACUCAAAACAUCGCAACCACAUGUAAAAAACUCAGACGGUAAAAAGCUGAGUCAGUUGAAAGCUCAGCUUGAGGACUGCUCUCAAAAGCUUUACCAUGCAAACCAGCAGCUGAAGAUGAAAGGCGUGACAACUGUGUGUGAUCUGCCUCAUUUAAAACAGCUUGUACGUGCCUUACUCAGCUCUGUUUACGACCUGCACCCAAUAGUCACCCUUGAAAUCAAAGACAAAGACCGCAAGUCUCUUGAAAAAUUUCUACUUGGGAAAGCAAAUGAACAUGACACAAGUGAGUUGCUGCUGAGGAUAAUCAACACCAAAGUUCCAUCUUCUACACUUAAUAAGAAGACCUAUGAAAUAUUCAAUGCAUAUAUGACCAAAGGAAAUAUUCUUGGUAUAACAUUCAUCUUCGUUCUUUUAUCUUGCAUUAUUGCAUUUGAGUUGAUGACAUCUCUAUCAGCCUACCAGCAGUUUUUGUACCUCAUGGUUACGUUUUUCAUGCUUAGUAUUCCAUGGGAGUGGUUCAGGCUGUAUAAGGUAGCAUUUGUGACCAAGCAGGUGGAGUUGAUGAAGAAAAUGCCAAAGCACUGCAAGCCUGAUCAUGAGUUAGGUGUUUUUGAGUCCAUAUCUAUUUGGUGGCAAGGAAGUUUCACCUUCUCAGAUGACACUUGCACCAAAUACCAAGAAGCACUGCUUGUUGAUCCAUUUUGGGAAGUGGCACCAUCUAUGGCUGUCUCUGUUACAAUCACAAGGUUCUUCAUCGAGCCCUUGGAGUAUGUUGCUGAAGCAUUCGGAAAAAGUUUCCGAGCCCUAUUCAAAGAGGUCCCUGUGCAGUGGCAGCCAUUUAUGUUUAUCCUAGUGGCAUUGCUCUUGGUGUUAAUUCUUCUUUUCAUUACUGGUGUACAUAUUAACAUCCCCUUUCUACAAAUUGGUGUUGGGCGUGGCCCUGAAGGGAAUAUUGGCCGGCUUGAAAACAAAGUGCAAGAGCUGACAGCACUUCUUGAGCGUAUGAACGAGCAGCGCCCACCAGCUAUUGAAGACGUGGAGGAAAUUGAGAACAGAGCUAAUAGACAGCAAGCAAUGCUCCAUGCUAUGAUUGAAGGGAAUCAAAGAAUGGAAGCAGAGAUGAGAGAAAUGCAAGGAUUACUUCAGCGUGUGAUGCCUGCCUUGCAGGCCCCACCCCGUCCUGACCCACAGGAAGCUGAUUGGGAAGUUGUGGCUGAUGAAGAGAGGCCCAGACUGCCGCAGCCAGUACAGGCCUCUGAGCACAGUAUCGUACCCUCACCUGUGGAACAUGUUGGACCCUCUGGGCAGGAUUGAGGAAUAUAGAGAUGGAAAUAGUACCAAAGACUGUCCAGCACAGUGCAAAAGACUACGUAAUGCAAUAGACUACAUGAUACAUAUUAGCUAGAAAUACUAGCAGCCACUAUGCUUAUCAUUUGGCAAAACUGGGAAAGGAAAAGAAGCUACAAUCUAAAUAGUUGUCCAAGCAAUAGUCCUUUCAGAUGUUGUAUUGACUCUUAAGUGAUAAUAAGGUGCCCUAUUUGAGAAUCACCAGAUUUUACACCUUUUCAUUAAAGAUGAACCAACA